AUGGGUGUCAAAGGUUUAGCACCAUUUAUUCGUAAACAGUGUCCUCAAUAUUCUGUCAAACGUGGUUUAAGAGAAUAUUAUGGACGAGUUAUUGCUAUUGAUGCUUCGUUUCUGAUGUGUCGUUUCGUGAAAGUGAUGGAGGAAAAGACGAAACAACCGCACAUGAUUGGGCUGUACAAUUUUUUGAACGAAGUUUUUGAAUAUUCGAUCCGACCUUUGUUUGUGUUUGACGGGAAUCCACCUCAAGAAAAAGGUCGUGGUGAUGUGGGACUGUUAGUAAAGGAGAUGAGGGAUGAUUGGAAACGAUUUUUGCAAGAUCUUGGAUUGUGUUAUGUGGAAGCUCCGGGGGAGGCCGAGGCGCAAUGCGCGAUAUUGGAGAUGCGUGGUUUGGUGUAUGCCGUUGUGACUGACGAUCUCGAUUCCAUUGCUUUAUCGAGGCAUGCGUGCUAUCUGGAUGCGAUUACUGUGAGGGUAUGA